AUGGGUUCUGAAAUCACCCACUUGGUGUACAGGUCAGUCAUGCGCACACAGGAGAGGAAGGACAAGUAUAAUCUGAAUGAGGAGGAGGAGCUGACUCAUUUCGGACAGUCUCUGGCUGAGAUGGAGAAGAUGACUGAUGUGAUUGACAGUGGCAGUGACACUGAGGAGAAUGGUCUUCUGUCAGCUGAACUCACAGCGUCACACUUCGGUGGAGGAGGAGGAGGAGGUCUACUGAGGAAGAAGAACACUGGAGAUGAAGAUGAAGAACACAAACCCAAAUCACGACAGGAGCUGAUCGAAGAACUCAUCCUGAAAUCUAAACAAGAGAAGCGAGAGCGUCAGAUUCAGAAAGAGGAAGCGCAUGUGCUCACAGAGAAACUGGAUCAGGAGUGGAGAUCCAUUCAGAACCUUCUGUCCCGCAAAACCACAAAACCAGAACAGAAAGACCUGCCCGAGAAAACCAAGAUCCACAGUCUGUGUCAGAUGUUUCCUGAUGCUGCGUGUAAAGUGAUGCAAACGUUGCUAAGCGACAGCGCUCACAGUAUGGAGGAGACACUGGAGGUCAGAGGUCGAGCUGCGAUGCCGGAUCUGGACAUGGAUGGCAAAUGGAACCUUAAAGACGAAGAGGAGGAGGAGGAGAGUGAAAAAAAGGCUGAGGAUGAUGAAGCUGAAGACGAAGAGGCUCAGGAUGAUGAUGUUGAGUCUGAAGAUGAAGAGGAUGAUGACGCUGAAGAUGGUCACUCUGAUCUCCAGUCUGAUGAAGGCAGCGAGGAUGAUGAAGAUGAUGAAGAUCAGGCCUGUGAUGAAGAGGAGCUCAGUGUUAAAGUGACUCCAGCUGUGAAUGAAGAGAAGAUGACGACUGAAGCAAUAGCAGAACUGCCCUACACAUUCACAGCUCCAGACACGUACACGGAUCUGAAGAAUCUCCUGCAGGGUCACAGUUGUGAUGAACAGCGUCUCAUAGUGGACAGAACAGUGAAGUGCACUCAUCCCAGUCUGUGUGCAGGGAAUAAAGCUAAACUGCAGAAAGUAUUUGGUUUUCUGCUGGAGUAUGUCGGUGAACUGGCAACACAGAAUCCACCACAACUCAAAACCAUCAACGCUCUCAUUCCUCAGAUCCACAGUCUGUGUCAGAUGUUUCCUGAUGCUGCGUGUAAAGUGAUGCAAACGUUGCUAAGCGACAGCGCUCACAGUAUGGAGGAGACACUGGAGGUCAGAGGUCGAGCUGCGAUGCCGGAUCUGGACAUGUUGGUGUAUCUGAAGAUCACAGCUCUACUGUUCCCCACAUCAGACUUCAGACAUCCAGUCAGCACACCGGCCUUCCUCUACAUCAGUCAAACUCUCACAAAGUGCAGUGUUGUGUCUCUGGAGGACGUGUGUAGGGGUUUGGUUCUCUGCUGUCUGGCGGUGGAGUUUGUGUCUCUCUCUCAGAGGUUUUUUCCUGAGAUGCUGAACUUUCUGCUGGGUCUCCUUCACCUGGCCGUCCCUGAAAAAACCAACACAGGUUAUGUUUUAGUGAGUCCGUUCAGACAGCAGGGGAGAAACUGUGAUCUGUUGGUAGUGAAGGAUUCGAGCGCAUCUCUCAGCUGGAGCAGAAAACCCGUUUCGCUGUGUACCGCUCACAGAAACACACUAGACACUCCACUGGAGAGAGACCAUUACAGGCUGUCAAUCAUUGAUGCGUGUCUGGAUUUAGUGAAGAGAUGUACGACACUCUAUACGGAUUUGACGUCAUACAGCCUGAUCUUCCAGCCAAUCAGAACACUGCUACUGGAACAUCUUCCUGCUAAGAGUUACCCCGCUGAGAUACAGGAUGUUCAGAAAGAGAUUGUAGAGGCCAUCUCUGCAAACCCUUCCCAGCAUGCACCUCUAGUGUUCAAAAAGAAGAAGCCCAUCCCACUGAAACUCUUCACGCCGAAGAUUGUGCAGAUACUGGACUACGGUAAAAAGCGAGGCGACACAAAGGAAGAGAAGGAGAGAGAGCGGCUGAAACACAAAUACAAGCGAGAAUUUAAAGGAGCGCUGAGAGAAAUCCGCAAGGACUCGAGAUUCCUGGCUCAUGAGAAGCUCAGUGACAUCAUCAGCAGGGAUACGGAGAGGAAGAGGAAGGUGAAGGAGCUGUACGGCAGUCUGUCCACACAAGAGGGAGAAUGGAAAGCUCUGAAGAGGAAGAAGGGGAAGUGAUGAUGAUGUCCUCUCUUCCGUGCUUCAUACCAGAGCUGUUUUAAUAUUCUCCUGUUUGUUCACAUGAUGACUUUGUGUAUAUGAUAAAUGACAAGAGAUGAACUGAA